CCAGGGUUAGGUCACUAGAUGGUCUGUUUCUAACAGCCUUUGAUCCCCAGUCCAUCAGUGUUAGUGUGAGUUCCCUGGAGGAAGUAAACCGCCUCAGAAAAACCUAUAGACGUGACCUUCCUCUCUACGAUAUACCACAUGUCUCUAGAAGAAAGAGGAAGCUCACUGGUGUAGACAAAACUGUGUCCCCAAGUGCAAAAAAGGUCAAGGUCAAUCCCACAUCUGCAAGGGAAAAUGAGGACUGUGUUAUUACAGGUACAGAAACACCUGCUGCUAGUCUUUCAAUUUCCACUCUGUAGAUGUACAGUGGCAGGAAGUGCAUGCCAAGAGCUGGGCCUCCAAUAUUGUACACAAACACCAGUAAGACCAGGAGGAUCCACUGUCCCCCUCACACGUCCAGACAUGCGUAGUGUGAGACGCGUACAGGGAGAUGGUAACUGCCUCUUUAGGGCAUUAUCUUACAUUCUGACAGGGUCUGAGGAUCAGCAUAUGGGUGUACGACAUGCUAUCCUUGACCACAUGACAAAUAAUGCCCAAUAUUUCCUAGGCCACCAUCUCAUAGGCUAUGGAAGUAUUCAAAGUUAUAUAGCUUCCACAGGUAUGGACCAAGAUAGGGCCUGGGGAACUGACAUUGAGAUGCUGUCUUUGGCACACCUGCUCCAGACCGCUGUCUUCUCAUACAGCCAGCAGCAUGGGCAGUGGCAGCGGUACUCUCCUCAUGAUGUCGACAGACAACUGAUGGAUGACAUUUACCAGAGGUCUAUGUAUCUAUUGCACACAGGAAACUACUUCAAUGUUGUUGGUUCCAUAAGGAAGAAUUAGUGUAACCACAUGUGCCUAUACAUACCUCUCAGAGCAUAUUGGGGAAGGAGAGGGUGGGUCCCUGCAAUUUAGUUGAGGUGGCUUCCCCAGUUCAUGUUCUAACCACUCUCCUAAAGUCUCCAGACUUCAUGGAGCUGACUGGUUUCAAGUGUAGGGAAACUGCACUGUCUUUACCACAAGGUUUUAGGGGACUGUAACUGCAUCACAAAGUUGAGGUAGCACACUGUUAGAGGUCUCUGAAGGCUGUCAUUUUCUGUCUAAGGGGCCUGGUGUCUCCAACGUACAGGGGAGGGUGACUGUCAGGGGAGAGGACAUCACUGUAAUCAGAUUAUCUGGCGCCUUGGCAGGUGCUGUCCACUUGUCAGACCUGGACCCUAUGUACAAGCUUCUACUACACACCCACUACUCUCUUUGGCCUCCACCUUUUACUUCAGCUGGGUAGAUGGACCUCUUCAGAAGAGUGAACUCUCCUGCACAACAAAUCACAUGCAUUGUUGAAUAAUAUUUUGUCUCGCAUGCGCCUAUAUACGAGAGACGCGCGCA